CACUCUUUUCUUCACUACUCUCUACCAUUACACUUCCUACUGUGCUCUUCUUUCUCUUCACUAGUACCUUCUAUCAUGGACUCCUCUAAGUCCUCAGCUCUUCUCUUCAUAUGCAUGCUUUUCAUUUCCUCGGUCGCUCCCAUUAUGGGUUGUGGCUAUUGUGGUGAUCAGCCGUCUCCCAAGCCCGGAAAGAAACCCUCCAAACCACCGGCCACCAUCCCUAAAUUGCCUGUUCCACCAGUAACUGUCCCUAAGUUGCCUGUUCCCCCAGUGACCGUCCCUAAGUUGCCCGUUCCCCCAGUGACCGUCCCUAAGUUGCCCGUUCCCCCAGUAACCGUCCCAAAAUUGCCCGUUCCACCAGUGACCGUUCCCAAGUUGCCCGUUCCACCAGUGACCGUCCCCAAGUUGCCACUGCCACCUACUGGCAUCCCAAAAUUGCCCGUUCCACCAGUGACCGUUCCCAACUUGCCCGUUCCCCCAGUGACCGUCCCCAAGUUGCCCGUUCCACCAGUGUUGAGCCCACCAUCAGGCCCAAGUGACGCGCCGUGCCCACCAGGGAGCAGCCCAUCAAAAGGACAGCCCACAUGCCCAAUUGAUAUAUUGAAGUUGGGUGCUUGUGUGGAUCUUCUAGGUGGGCUAGUCCACAUUGGGCUUGGUGACCCAGCAGUGAACAAAUGUUGCCCAAUUUUGCAAGGACUUGCUGAGGCAGAAGCAGCAGUUUGCUUGUGUACAACACUCAAAGUCAACCUUCUUAACCUUAAACUUUAUGUUCCCAUUGCUCUUCAAGUCCUCCUCAGUUGUGGCAAGAACCCACCUCCUGGCUUCACUUGCUCUGUUUAAAUGGUUGGUAGAUGAAUUACGAUUGAACGAAUGGAUGAUUUUGACAUGAAAGGAUGUCGAGCAUCCAUUAUUUUUAUCUCUUCCAUUAACUUGUUCUACCUCCUCAUGUAAUAUUUUGGAUUUGUUAAUUCUUGCUCAUUGAAAUUUGGUAGGAUGUUAUUUGGGUUUAUUAUUGAACACAUAUUUUAUUUGUAAUGACUCAUAUGUUAUGAGUUAAAAUUGCUACAUUCAUAUGUAAUAUUAUGUGUUGUAUCACAUUAUGUUGUUAUUGUAACCAAGUAAUGCAAUGGCACAUCCCUUUAAUUUGUCUCUA